UGGUACGACAAUGAACUCGUCUACCUCGACUCGCUUCGGUCCUUAAUCUUAUGCAUAGAUUCCUAUGCCACAUUUUCAUGGUGAUUCUUUGUAUGCAAACAAAGGCAACCUUUUCCGCGUCCAUUGUUAUCAUUUACGUCUCCAGGAAACAAAGACAAUAAUGCGGUAACCGCCGUGGCGUUGAUCAUAUCAAGUAGCACGUCCUCUUAUCUCAGUAUCUAAAACUUGCUCUGCUGCUCUCUUACUACGACGCACACCCGGAGACGAGUCUAUCAUGGCUUCUACUAUCAAAACACAUAAGUACCAUCUUUCCUGCCGAAAUCAUCGAGUAAAUUACUGACCGCGUUGAUCUUUUGCCUACCCGACACGUUCAACAGAUUUUUGACCGUCCCUCGAAGGGAUAAGAGGGGGGUCGUGUCGCUGCUUUGGCGUCCUGCUCAUUAAUAUGCAGAGCCUGGCUUCCACGUGGCCGAUAUCAUCUCUUCAGAUCCGUCGAACUCUCACACGAAAAUUAUACAUCCUUCUUUUCACCGGCCCAUGCUGCUCCUUCUCGCAUUCAGUCCAGUCCCUAACCCUCUCCGGCGAUUACUGUUAUGGAUCUCAUGACUUUUCGGGUCUGUACAUGAGUCAACAUACGCCUACUCUCGGCCUUCUCGGCCUUGACCUCGGCCUACCAGUAUUUUCUCUUAUUUUCUCUUUCUUUCUCUAUUCUUCUUGCUGAUACUAGAAUACUGUGGAACAUUGUAGAAUCAUAAUGAC